GGGCUACCUCUUCCGAACGGUCACCGAUGUUUUCUCAUCGGUGUUCUCUGCGGACUUGGACGUUGUAGGCGGGUUGGGUUGGUUCUCUCUCUAUAUUUUUCAAAGUCUUUGUGAUUUUCUUGCUAUGUAUAUCUUGCUAUAGGAACCUUUAUUAAUAGCUAUCAGAUUUUCGUUAAACGAUGUAUCUCAAUUUGAUAUUCUGGUAUUUUCUAUCUCUUGCUAUUGUAGUAACCAUUGUUGGCUUUGUGGUAAAUUCUGGCAAUGCUCCAGGCCUCUUUGUAAGGCUGUUUAUGUAUGGAAAGACAUCCGUAGAACGGACUGCUGGGCUUAUUCAAGUUCCUAAGCGGUGGUUCCUGCACUUCUACCUGGUGGGCUCGAUGGAGGUGACCUUUGUGAUGGCCCAGGUGAUCCAGGUGAACGUGGUGGGCCGGGCGGCGCCGGCCUGGCUGCGCCACCUGCUGGCCACGCUCACCGACUGCCACGCGCCCUCCUGCUCGCCAGAGUCGGUGGUGCUGGCUACCUGCCUGCUCACUGCUCAGAUCUACCGGCGAUUGUACGAGCACCUCUUCGUGCACGUACCGUCCGACACGCGGAUGAACGUCCUGCACUACUGGGUGGGAGUACUGCACUACGUCCUGGGCGUGAUCGCCGUGGUAGCCGAGGCGCCCGGCUUUGUACUCGAUGACAGCAGCCGAUGGCUGAUCAACGUGACCAAGCUGAGCUGGCUGGACCGGAUCUGCGGCGCGGUGUUCAUGCUCGCCUGGCUCCACCAGUACCGUGCCAACUGCAUCUUCGCUGACCUCAGGAAGAACUCGUCAGGAGCCGUGGUGAACCGCGGCCACGCGGUGCCCAGGGGCGACUGGUUCGAGUACGUCUCGUGCCCGCACUAUCUGGCCGAGGUGGUGAUGUACUCGUGUCUGACGGUCAUUCUGGGGCCGCGUCACUUCACCUGGCUGGCCGUGUGGCUGUGGGUCGUCGCCAAUCAGGUCAGCACCGCCGUCAUGUCUCACCAGUGGUACAAACAGAAGUUCGACGACUACCCGAAGCAGCGGCGUGCCAUCUUCCCCUACCUGCUAUAGAGGGCCAGCCGUCGCGCUAUGGUGCGCCGGAGGCGGACGCGUGAUAUCGCGGGUUGGGAAGCGAGAUGAAAAUAGCGCAGAAAACAGGAGAUUGUCAGCUAUAAUCAAAAGAAUGGAGCAUUCGCUCGCCAUACACUAGAUUUAAUAAAACUAAAAAAACAACGGCUCACGAAAUCGCUCGCGUAUUUUCUCGUGAUGCGAUGUGCUGAUUAUGGUUGCUGCGUGAUAAGGUCAAUGGAUGCUGUUAAAUGUAUACACGAACGUCUUUGAUGAGAGCACAAUUGCUGUUAGUUGUUGAUGUUGCAAUUUGCAAAAGCAGGUACCCUGAGAUGUUGUGACAGUGCAGCUGUUGGUAUGGUGUGUUACACUUGCAGGUAUCGCGGGGUUGUCCCCACACUCGACGGAGUUUUCCCGUGGCCUGAGAAUAUUUUCAUGAGCGAGAGGGGCCGCUGCAGGGAGUGCCAGUACCACGCCCACCACGUCUACCCUUACCCCCAGAGAAAGAAUUGUGCGUGUUUAUUCCGGCCUGAAUUAAUGCGUAUCCGUUUGUACCGUGAAAUCAUGAAAUCAUGUUACUGCUGGUCGCCAAAUGUUGUUCAAACCUGUGAUAGUGCGGCCUGAAAAUGGUUUGUACGUUACCGGAAAAUCCAUGACUUUUUGACAUGUAUUUUGUAGGACAUUUUUUGUUAGUACUUAUUGGUUAUUUCUAAUAGCCAUAUUAAGUCAUGCUACCAAUUUACCAUUUAGUCGAUGUUGUGAUGUUGCUCGAGUUUGGACCACCGUUUGUUAUCAAAUUUCUAGUCUUGUUAUUUACUCAGAUAUUUGUAGAUCGUUCGUUUUUCGAUUUUCGGACGAGUCAUAGUUUAUUCCCAGAGUGGGUUGAAUUUCGUACACUUCUGUAAUAAACGUGUUGGUUUCUAUAAGCGCACAAUGUGUUUGUUGUGAAAAAUAUAACCACCUCGUCUC